ACGGGCUGCAGGAAGAACUCAUUUACUUCCUGCAGCGUGAGUGGACCAAAAAAAAGCUGGAUCUUUUCAUGAUGUACAGUUUUGUACUGAAGAAACAUAAUCUUAUUCUAGCUGGUUAUGUCCAAGAGGAAGAUUUAAAGGAAGAAGAAGAUAUAAAGGAGGAGGAAGAAGAUGAUGAUGACAACAAUUCAACUGCUCACCUCCAGGGCAGCAAUGACACUGGCACGGAUGAGGAACAUGAUGUGGGUCCUGAGCAGAAAGGGAACUUUAGUUACCAGAAUUCCCCUGUCAGUCAUAUAUCUAACCAGGAUGCAGAAAAUGAAUCACUACUAAGUGAUGGUAGUGACCACGUGACAGAUAUUAAAAGCAUUUGCUCUAGAGAGCCACAGGAUCCAAAAACCAGCACCCAUCCCAAAGCCCAGAAUGAAGCACACAAUUGCAUGGAUAAAAUGACAGCGGUCUAUGCCAACAUACUGUCAGACUCUUAUUGGACAGGCUUAGGGCUGGGUUUCAAGUUGUCUAACUCUGAAAAGAGGAGUUGUGACAACAGAAAUGGAGGGAACAAAGCUGAUUUUGAUUGGCACCAAGACGCACUGUCAAAAAGCUUACAACAGAAUUUACCUUCCAGACCUGUCUCGAAACCCAACCUGUUCAGCUCCGUCCAGCUCUACAGGCAGAGCAGCAAAAUGUGUGGAACUGUUUUCACAGGCGCCAGCAGGUUUCGGUGCCGGCAGUGCAGUGCUGCCUAUGACACGCUGGUCGAACUAACAGUUCAUAUGAAUGAAACAGGUCACUAUCAAGAUGACAACCACAAAAAGGACAAGCACAGACCUACCAGCUACUCAAAGCCUCGAAAAAGGGCUUUCCAGGACAUGGACAAGGAAGAUGCACAAAAAGUUCUGAAGUGUAUGUUCUGUGGUGACUCCUUCGAUUCCCUUCAAGAUCUGAGCGUUCAUAUGAUAAAAACAAAACAUUACCAAAAAGUGCCUUUGAAGGAGCCGGUACCAACCAUUUCUUCAAAAAUGGUCACUCCAGCAAAGAAACGUGUGUUUGAUGUUAACAGGCCUUGUUCCCCCGAUUCCACAACGGGGUCUUUCUCAGAUUCUUUUUCUCCGCAGAAGAACGCGAACCUGCAGUUGUCAUCUAACAACCGCUAUGGCUACCAGAAUGGCGCCAGCUAUACUUGGCAGUUUGAGGCCUGUAAAUCCCAGAUUUUGAAGUGUAUGGAGUGUGGAAGCUCCCAUGACACCUUGCAGCAGCUCACGACCCACAUGAUGGUUACUGGCCAUUUCUUGAAAGUCACAAGUUCAGCUUCAAAGAAAGGAAAGCAACUUGUUCUGGAUCCUCUAGCUGUGGAAAAAAUGCAAUCACUGUCUGAAGCACCAGCCAAUGACAGCCCGGUUUCAAAAUCAAACAGUAAAUCAUCUGCAGAAUGCAUAGCUCCCACUUCUGAAAUAAAAAAAGAAAGUAAAAAAGAUAAAACUGAUGAUGCAAACAAAGAUGAGAAAGCAGUGAAAACUGAAGAGUAUGAAGACACCCUUCAGAAACCACUGGAUCCCACAAUGAAAUACCAGUACCUCAGAGAAGAAGAUUUAGAAGAUGGUUCAAAGGGUGGUGGGGACAUUUUAAAGUCUUUGGAGAACACUGUCACAACAGCCAUCAAUAAAGCUCAGAAUGGAGCACCCAGCUGGAGCGCAUACCCCAGCAUCCACGCAGCUUAUCAGCUCUCAGAGGGAGCUAAGCCAUCUUUGCCUGUGGGUUCCCAAGUACUGCAAAUCAGGCCAACCAUCACCAAUAAGUUGAGGCCCAUAGCUCCAAAGUGGAAGGUCAUGCCUCUGGUCCCUAUAUCAGCAAAUGUGGCCCAGUGCACUCAAGUGAAGAAAGAAACUGAUGACAAGGAGGAAGUACAAAAGGACUAUGCUAAAGAUAGCAUCCAAGCUGAGCCUGCCUCACUCAGUCAGAGUGAAAGAGAACCUCCCCUCAAAUCUGAAGUCUCUGUGGAGCCAAAAAAGACGGAACCAUGCCCCUUGAAAGAAGAAGACAAAAUUAAAGAGGACAGUGGAAAAGAAAAACCAGUCCUCAAGGAACCAACAGCAGCUUCUCUUAGCAAUGGUUGUGCUGCUGCCAACCAUUCAUCUGAGCUGCCUUGUGUCAACCCUCUCAGUGCCCUGCAGUCAGUACUAAAUAAUCACUUGGGCAAAGCCACAGAGCCUUUACGGCCUCAAUCCAACUCCAGUCCCAGCUCUAGCACAAUUUCUAUGUUCCACAAAUCUAAUCUAAAUAUGAUGGAGAAGCCAGUGUUAUCUCCUACUCCAACCCCACCAAAGCCUGCAAGUGUGUCCAGGCACUAUUUGUUUGAAAACAAUGAUCAGCCUAUUGACCUGACCAAAUCUAAAGGCAAGAAAGCUGAGUCAGCUCAAGCACAAUCCUGUACUUCUCCACCUCAAAAACAUGCUCUGUCUGACAUUGCUGACAUGGUCAAAGUUCUUCCCAAAGCUACUACACCAAAACCUGCUGCAUCUUCAAGGAUCCCAUCUAUGAAAUUGGAAAUAGAUGUCCGACGCUUUGAGGAUGUCUCAACAGAAGUCUCCACUCUGCAUAAAAGGAAGGGCAGACAGUCAAACUGGAACCCUCAGCAUCUCCUCAUUUUGCAGGCUCAAUUUGCUUCCAGCCUCUUCCAGACAUCCGAAGGUAAAUAUUUAUUAUCAGAUCUAGGCCCACAGGAGCGUAUGCAGAUUUCAAAAUUUACCGGACUGUCAAUGACCACCAUCAGCCAUUGGUUGGCAAACGUCAAGUACCAACUUAGGAAAACCGGAGGAACAAAGUUUUUGAAAAACAUGGACAAAGGGCAUCCAGUCUUUUAUUGCAGCGACUGUGCAUCUCAAUUUCGAACCCCAUCUACUUACAUUAGCCACUUAGAAUCUCAUCUAGGUUUCCAAAUGAAAGACAUGAACAGGCUGGCUGUGGAGCAGCAAACCAAGGUAGAGCAAGAAAUCUCCAGAGUUUCAGUUCAAAGAUCUCCUGAAACAAUAGCUGGAGAAGAGGACACAGACUCUAAGUUCAAAUGUAAGUUGUGCUGUCGGACAUUUGCGAGCAAACAUGCAGUAAAACUUCAUCUAAGCAAAACACACAGCAAGUCACCAGAACACCAUUCACAAUUUGUAGCAGAAGUGGAUGAAGAAUAACUCUUAAGGAGACAACUGACAUUCUGUGGUAAAUGGAAGAAAGAGCAGAGCAGAACUGAAAAUCCUCUAAUGCACUGACACUAACUUGCCCUCUAUUGUUGAAAAUGAGCAGGCAAUCAUGAUUGUUCAUCAAAUGGCUCCUAAUGCAGUUAAAGCAUUCAGCUAUAAUUUCUCCUUGCAUUUAUAAUUACUGUCAUAGACUGCACACCUCAGUGAGCAGAUUAAAGCUAUAAACUAUUUAGCCGUAGCUUUAAGAUGAGGAACUUGAUUUGUCUGGCAGCAGUUAUUUGUUAGAGAGCUUGACACUUCACAUAAAAAUGACUCAACUUGAUGAAGAACAAUGCAGUUUAAGCAAUGCAGUGAUUUUAAAUCAGUCAUUAUACCACGCCCUGUAAGAAUUGCAAAGCAAUUUGUUAAAUGAUAUAUAGGACACGUAGAUAACUGUAUGUGUUAAGUAUACCAAAAUAGAAGAUUUUUUUUGUCUGUGGAUUUUAUUUUCUCAUCUCCUCUGAAACAGUAGGAGCUGCUCUGAACAUCACAUUCUGCUAUUAGCCAAUAUUGGUGGUACACAGGCAAGGCCAAUUGCAUGAAUUAGUUGUCCAAAACUGUAUUUUAGAGAAUUUAGCUUGCUCUUCAUGUUUCACUUCUUCUUAGCAGCAAACAUUAAAAACUGAGACCCUCUUAGAAGAAUCAAACAUGCUGGGACUGCAGUUAUGUCCACCAUGACAUUGUAAGCAGAAUUUACCAACGAAACUGCUCAAGGGUUCUGCUCACCUUGUCAUCAGCCAGAAAGAGAGGGUUCACCACAAAGAAAGCCUUGAUUACCUGGUUUGAACGGGACUUUUCUAACACCCUACUUGACAAUGGAAAAAAAUAUAUAUAUAUUCUGCAUGGACAUCUCAUUUUAAAACAGACUUUUGUUGGGAUAAAGUGGGUAAAAUUGCUGAGCACCAGAAAAGGGAAAUGACGAGGCAGUACACUAGGAAAAGGAAUAAGUUGGCCUUUCCUCUGUGGUGGAGGAGAGAUGCAGAGCCCGUCCUCAGAUCCCUACCUCCAAGUGAUCACUCCUCCCUCAAAAUAGUUGUGUUCCAGUGAAGCCUCAGUCCCCUCAUCCUUUGAAAUUUCUCAUCUUUUGAAAUUUCUCACUGUUUCCCCAAAACACUAGAUCACAACAUUUUCAAUUUAACAUUUUCAAACCUUCAAACUUUGCCUGGAUAAAGUUUCUUCAGUCUAGCACUAGCCCUUGCAAAACCUGUAAUAGUGUGUUCUUGGCUUCCCUGAGAGCAGGGUCAGGCCAGAUCAGAGGACAUCAGCACAGAUAUAUCAGUGCAGAUUUACUUGCUUUUUAGGAAUACUACAGGUUACCAUUAAGAUCAGUAUUAUUUAACAUUGCAUUAGGUCAACCGAUACUGUUUCUAGGCUCUGUAUGAGCAUACUGCAAAUGACAGUUCCUGCCCCCAAAUGGCAGGAAUUCUUCAAUUCACAAAGAAAAAGCAACUUUUAAGCAUUUUGACCAGACCUUAACUAACCUUGAAUAGCACCUACCUCUUCAAGUAUUCACUAUUCAUAAGGAUAUCAAAAUCAUACCUUCUCCUUGCUGCAUCUGAUAUUAUUAAAUGCUACAGCCUUCAUAAUCUAUAGCAGAACAUUUUUACCCAGUGAAAUUUCAAAGGGAGAGUAUUUGAGUCUUAUACAUUUUACACUUCAGCAACCAAGUAGCAAAGAUCAAUAACAAAAGGAAAAGACAUGAGCAGCAUCCAGCCCUCAAAAGCACCUUUCAAUAAAAAUAAUGCAAUUUAGCAGGAUGAUCACCCUGUGCAAAUAUGAUGGAGCACAGAUGGAAAAUGAGGAAAAUUAUAGAUAUGACUUCAUGGGAGGAGGAAAGGAGGAAGAGAUUUUUCACUAUUUAUUGGGAUAAUGAGCAGAUAAUUCAUGAUUAUUAAGCUGUAGUCUUCAGGCCUUAUUCUUUCUCUCCUGGGUUCAGAGCUGGGUCUGUUUGCGCAUCUAGGCAGGGUCCAUUGAUGGGAAAGGUCUGGCCUUUGCACUAGUUUUUGUACAGCAAUGAAGUCAUGCAGGAUUUACACCAGCACAGAUGCCACUCAGGACCCUUUCUGCAAGAAGAGAAAUGAGGUAGAAGAAGCCAUGCACAGCACAGAGCUUAUUUCUUAACUGUGACGGUGUUUUUCAACUCGCCUUCGAGAAAGGGGCAGCAGAUCCUGGGUUUCCAGUCUGUGAUAAGGGCUCUAACAUCAAGUCACUGCACCAGGUAGCAAAACCACGGCUCCUGGAGAACUGAGGGGACUGAGACUCCACCCUGCCACCUUCCCUGGUCUGAAGGUUUGUGCAUCCUGAGAGCAUGAAUUGACUGAUCCCUGGAAGGUGGGAGAUGGCAGGAAAGGUUCCCUAUGCUCAGUUCUACAAGAGGGGUCCUGCUUUGGGGCACAGCAUUGGUUCUAUUGGUUCUGGACACAUGGGAAGGAUGAGAGGCACAGCAGAGACCAAGAGGGGGGCAGAAACAGAGGGUAUGGUGGCAGCUUGCUGGGGUGGAGGAAAGGAGGGAGAUGGGGGGAAGAGGGGACUUGUUCCUUGUAGGAAAUUUACACAUUCCCUUUAUUAAAACAAAACAAUUCCUCCUCCCCUCCAAAAUCCCUCCCUGGCAGCACUCAGCACCAGCUCUUUUGCCAGGGGUCAGCACAUGCAGGAGUGGGGGAGGGAAGGAUGGGGGAGUGGAGGAGGUUGUCAUGUCUAAUGAAUACCCUGAAUGUAUCGAGAUAUAUAUUUUUUUCAUUUCAGAAAAGGUUCCAUUAAGAGGGAGACAGCCCUAACAUGUGCUUUGGCCCCUCAUCAGAUUUAUGAGUAUUUGCUCUGCUCUUUAAUAGGAAACUCUGCAGCAACUGCCACCUUGCCUGCUCUCCCUGAGAUACACAGUGGCUUCUCGGGGAAAUGCACUUCAUUAUUAAUGUGAAUUUGUACGUUUUUAUGACACUGCUUGGGGGAAGGGGCAGGCAGAGAUUUCCUGGUGAUAUAUGCUCAUUUCUAACCAUUUAUUGUCCUAGACAAUCGAAGAACAAUGAUAAACAUUGUUAUAGAGAGUGGAGGGUGCCAAAAUGACAUUUUUGAAGGGAAAGGAGAGGUGGCUGGAGUGGUUUUCAUGUGGUUGCUCCCUCCACUCCACCUCCUCGAGCAACUGUGUCAGAUCAAGCGACGGAGUGCGCUGGCAGCUGCUGCCUUCCCUCGCCUGCUCAGCCCAGCAAAGACCAUUUGCUCAGUGCUUUGCUACAGCAGAGUGGGUACAGAGGAGUUUGUCCUUUGGGAAGCCUGUACUGCGGAGGAUCACAAGCCUCAGAGUGAAUGAGAUGUUCAGAAUCCCCAUGACCCCUUACCCCAGCAGUUUCUUUCUGAUUUAUUAUUGAGCGACCUGGCAUUGAAACCCUGUGCAUGCAGUAGCAGCUGCAAGGCAUCAAAUCAGGCCAGGAAGAGAAAGGCGAGGAUGUGGUUUGCCAGAGCAUUCUCAGCAUCCUCUGGUUUCCCUUUCUCCUGCCAGGCCCAUCUGCGAUUCACACAGCCACCCAAGAGCUCCAGGAGGGGAUGAAAACGGUGGGUUCGGGAUGCACUGGAGAACCAAAACAUUUCAGCCCUCAAGCUCACCCGAAAAAAAAGAGAUCAGUAAGGCCAUGACCUCCAUGUGAUCCUACUUCUCCUGCCUUUCCCAGCAGUUAUCUGCACAGUCUGGUGAAGGCCAAGGUCAGGUUCUGCUGCUUGUGCCGUGCAGUCCCUCAGGCUCCAAAAGCUGAGGUGCUGGAGGGAGCCUCCCCCUUCCCCAGCGGCACAGCCUCUCCCUGCACCAGUAGCAGCCUGAGCUUCUGUGCCAUCGAGCUCAUAGCCUUCAGCUGUAAGUGAAGAACUGCCUUCGCUUGGUGCUCACGUUCUAUUCCCUAGCCCUAAGCAUGCACAGUCCUUUCUAUCAGGAGGCGUGUAACAACUGAACACUGCUAAGACUUUCGUUAUGACAUUUUGUUUCCUCUCUUAAAGCUGAAUAGGAGUGAGGGAGAACAUCAGAAUAGCUAUAGAGGGCUGGGUCAAAGGCUCACCCUUUUCCAUCCAUAAAGGAUUCUCCCAGCCUCCAGUUUUGCAGUUCAGGGACUUCUUUGGCCAGAGGAGAUUUUGCUCCCCUGCUUCCAGAGCUGCAGAGCACGUGAGAUCUUCUUGAUCACUGCAGAAACUUGGGCACAACUCUGAGGCCUCUUGGGGUGAGCUCUGGAGGUGCCCCCUUGUAAAGCAGGAAGCAGGGGACGUACAAACCAGCCCUUGGCAGACAGAGUGGUGCUGAGUCUGUGUGGUUGUUCUUUGCACCUAGCUAAGCACAGGCAAGGAAGAAAUCACACCUAGACUUUAGAAGUGGCAUCAGGCCCCCAGAUCUAAGGGGGCCCUUCUUUUCUCCAUUUUGCUUUCCAUGAGAAUUUCCCAUGAUGGGAUAAAACCACCACCCUCAAUCAGCAAGCUGGGGAUCAGAUUUCUCUCUCAGCUGUACACAGAGGAGGACUUCCAGUCUCACUGCAGGCUUCAUAUUAGCAUGGACCAGUAAUUCAGAGGAGGCAAAACUGCUUGUUCUAUUGCUCAUGGAUAAUGUUACUGAGACCCCUUCUGGGUUUGUGCUCAGCUUUUCUAAACCUCCAAAAUACUAAGUACACAGACAAAAGUGUUUUCCCCUUCUCCUGUAAUAGAACUGUUCAAAUCCAAAAUGUGAAAUUGUUGUUUUCAUGUGGUCAUUUAAUGAAAACUCCCAAACACUCCCUAUUUCUAAAGACCCCCAAGUUUAUACCAAAAACCACAUCGAUUACCUGAAAUUAUGUAUCUUGAUAUGUACAACCAAUAUCCCAGUGUAGCGCACAGCUGCCAGCAGAUACCUCCAUCACAUAUCUCCAUCUCUCCAUUUCUCUCCCUUGUUUCGAGCCAAGGUUUAGAAGCAGCUGCCUGCCCAGUGCCCUGUCUUUGCCCUCUCCAAGCAAUCUCUGUGCAGUCACCUCCUAGCCACACGCCGCACCACUGCUCCAAAUACAACAGUGGCUGCACAAUGCCAACUGGAUUUCUGAGGUCAAGUCAAGCCACUGGCACUGAUUCCUAUAGGGACUGAGUCCUCAUGGCCACCAACUUACUUUACAGGGCCAUUAAGAAGAUUGAUGUUGCCUUUUACCCACCUAUUGAUCUACAUCCCAAGGGACAUCCCAGAAGAAGUGUUCCUCUGGGAUAUAACAGUGCUAUGGCCAGUUUUUGCCACUUUCAUGUAAACUGGACAUGCUGCUCUUCCAUUGGAGAAGGGCAAAGCUUAAUACUUUCUUUAUGCUCACUCAGCUCAGUGGCAAAUGGCUGCAUGGAUUCAGUCCUCAGCGAAUCUCGCCCCUAGAGUAGGCAUACACAGACAGAUAGGCUGUGGGUGGGCUUCCAGUUCAGUAAUUCACUUCCCUUCAUAAUCCUAUGGAGCCCUAAUCUGUUGGCCUUGGUUUUUUAUGAUGCAAGACCCAGGUUUGUCAUGCAGGGAGAAGAGGAUGGGGGAUGUAAUUCUGUUUAUUUGAUCAAUGUUUUUUUAAAACAUUGUCUGUGCUCCUAGGAAUUAUGUGUCCUUCUUCUAUAAAUCACAAACGCAUAAAAAAAAUAAUUCUCAGUAUUUUUCCAAAGAGAUUAGUGUGAAAGUUCCUAUACUCAUAUUUCAUGUCUUUAAAAAAAUAUCAACAAAAGUGAUAAGUAUAGCCAAAAAGAGUGUAAAAGCACACCCUGUCAUUUGUUUUCCAUGUGCCAUAUGUUUUCUGAAUCCUGCACCUCCCACAUAUUGCAUGCAAUAAUGUGGGGUGCACACAUUACUCAGGAUUAUUUAGUUAAGCCCUGCCUAUAUGAGGGAAUUAACUUAGAUAAAGUCAAGCCACUGUGCUUUGUUUUGGUUUUUCCUUAUUCUGGAUUCAUAGAGUAGAAAAUUAAAGAUCCCACUGUGCCAGGCUUCAUGUCAUUUGGUUUUAAUUUAAUUCAUCUCUUCGAUUCUCCCUGUUUCUCCUUCUCUUUGAGUAUCAUCAGUAGGUGGUCCAAGCAUCAACCAGAAGAUUUACUGGCAAGACUAAAUGUAUGAAUGCUAUGAACACAUUGUUUUUCCGAUAUGAUUUAAUGACCUUUUUGGCAUUCCCAUGGCUGUUGAAAUCUUCCACAAUAAUUCCCUUUGGCAGCUGAAGCUCCUGUUGAUCAAGUGAAAGCUGAUGCAAAUGUCAAAUGUCAAUAAAUUUGUAAUCCAUAAAUGUAAUAUUGGAGCUGGAGUGAGACAGGGUUAAACAGAGUGCAGCAGGAGACACCUAAGAGAUGAGCUACAUCUUAUUACUGUGAACAAAAAAUAAAGAAGGGAAUGCUACCUCCAAAAACUCUUCAUAGACAAGCUCUUCUCCUUCUCCUCUCUCCCUCACUUCCCUCCAUGUUUUCUGAGUUGCUGGGCUUUGACAAAAGAGGGCUUUUAUGGCAUGCAUUUGGCAGAGUGAGUCUGAUGAUGCAGGUUCUGUCCCUUGAUCUGUUUUUGACUCAUUGUGCAAGGCUAGGAUUUAACUUCUCUAUAUUUCUAAAGGAGCUCUUUACCAGUUCAGAGGUUUCAGAGGCUUCAGAGGCUUCAGAGUUUGAUCCUGGAAAUGAUUAGUUAUGCAAGAUAUUCCAGUAAAUUAACAAGACCACUUAUAUAACUUAGGUGUUGCAGGAAUGAGUCAUGACUCAUUUAUAGUUUUAAGAUGCUUGGGAAGGGCGAGCCAUGUACGAAGCCUGAUUUUAUAUACAAUAAAGACAUAAGAACAAUCACAUAAUUUCCCAAGAGAUUUUCUUAAGGGCCCUCCACUUUGACCUUUGGCUCUGAAAAGCUCCAGUUUGUUUGACAUUGAAAAAAAGCAAAUGUGUGAAUGCAGUGCCAUGAGCAUUUGCACUUUGAACACGCUGGGGCUGAGCACAGCUGAACUGGAAAAGACCGCAACAGCUAAUGUACUGGGAAAAUAUAAGAGGCAUCUACUUAAUAACUCAACUAAUUCCUUUAGCUCACCUUGUAGAGAUUUAACCUUUGAAUGAGAGAGUCCCUAGUUCAAAAUCCUGUGUCUCCUCUGUCCUCAUGUUAAUUUUUAAAUUAUAUAUCAUUGUUGAGAGGCCCUUGUGUUGAGCAUUACAGGCUAUUUUUCAUGUCUAAACUGGGGAAUUAUAACUGAACAUUAGCUACUGGCUAUAAAUCACAUAGAACAAAGUGGCAUCUGCAUCUACUCAGUAAUAAGAGUGGGAGAAAUGUAACUUACUUAAAUUGAGACAGGAAAGAGGACACAAGCGCAGUAGCAGAGAUAAUUGUGACUUGGGAAAACUAAUGGUUCUUCCAGCCGUGUGCUGAGGACUCCUGUUUUCUGGAGCUCUCUACAACCGGCGUUAUAAGUGCAUGGUCACAGCAGGAUCUCAGUCAAUUUGAAGGGGAAACACAGAGCUGGAAGAUACGCCCCAUACCCCUGCGAUGCACCUAGCAUGCUGCCGGUCACCCCAGGGCAGGAAUGAGGUAGGGGAGAGCUAUUUCAGAGCCUGGAAGCAGCCCUCCUUUCCUCUCCGCAUUCCCGUCCUCCAGCAGGAAACAUGAGUGAGCAGUGACCACAGCUCACUCUCCCUGGGAUAUGUUUUUAUUUCUAACUGGAACUAAAGCCCAGGUAAGGCGAAGGCAGCACAAGGCUGUUAACAGAGCAAUCAUCAAGGCUGCGGGGUUCAGGCUGACCUGCUCAGCUCACUGGCAGGAAACACUGCUGCUGCUCUACCUUGCUGAGCAGCUCACUGAUGGUACAGAGCUAUCUUAAAAGAAAACAAAAUGAGCCCAAGCUUCUAACCGAGCAUGGCCUGCUCCUUGCAUUUAUCUCUGCUGGCAUUUCUUUUAGUUAGUUAGUUACUUGUUCCCAAACUUUUAAGAAAGCUUCCACAGUCUCUUGUGUUUUCAGUUUGUUAAGCAAAAGCUGCCUGCAUCACUGGAAAAUUGUCAUUCUCUUUUUAAGAGAGAGAUCAUCUUUAAUUCUGUGUGGCACCUUGCAUAGUGCAGUUUUCUGUUUGCCACUGGUUUGGGACCCUAAUACAUCAAUAGAUUUAAAAAAAAAAAAGGCUUAUGUGUUUCAACCUAACAUGCCAGAGGUCUCCCAGGACAUUUGUUGCUGCCUACUUUUCAUAGAUUUUCAGUUCUGGGGGUCACAAACCUUCAUCUGUGCAGUGCCAGCCACCACAGCUGCUAAAUAAACUGCCUGAACCGAAUGCAGCAGGGGCUCAGGAUUAGCUCUCCCUGCAAUGCAGGUCUCUUCUUAAAAAGAGAUCAGACCUCCACAAAGAGAUUUUAGCGAAGUUAGAGAUUUAGGGUGUUUUUUGUUGUUGUUGUUGUUGUUGUUGUUCGUUUGUUUUUCCACAGCUGACAAUAGGGAAAGCAGCCUUUACAGCUAGGUCAGGUCAGUGCCCUGGCAGGAAGGAUUUGCUCAGGAGCUGCCACCAAGAGCAGGGCACUCGAGUCCCCAGCCCUGCUGCUGCCAGCUGAGGGCAGCCACCCGAAUGCUGCAAGGUCCUUUGCAGCUCCCUGACUCAGUUUCCCAUCUUGACAAAUUGGUGCAGUGUGUCCAUGACUAAACCCAGUAGCUGAUGUUUUACGUGGGUACCAAAGAGUUUUGCAGUCCUCCUCUUAAGAUAGUUACUAGUUUAACCUAUUGAAUUGUUCCUCAGCAAAGACACCAAUUCCUCUGCCCAUUCCCCUGUCCUUCACAGCUCCCUAGUCGAUGAUGGCCUGUCCCACACAGGGAGCUCCCAAGUGGCGGUCCCCAAGCAGCAGGUGUUUGCUCUCUUUGUGCAGUGCCAAGCACAACGGGCUUCUGCUGCAGGACCAGGCUCCAAGCAGCAGUAAUUGCAGUAGGUGCUUUGCUGAUUAGAGGCAAACUUCAGGACAUUCUUAAAAGCUUUUCUGAACAGCCUAUGUGUUAUAUAUUUAUUAGGCUGUUCAGCAGUAAUUCAGACAGCUGAGAAUUGUUGAGGACCUGGUCUAUCUAAUUGUGUGUCUAAAUCAUAGCUGCACCGUGAUUCAGAGGUACUAACAUUACAGUCUACACAGAAUGGCGAAGGUUAUAUGGUCAGAUUCCUGCAGAUGGUCAGUUUGUAUCAUAAAAUUUAAAAUUACAACUUGCACCAUAAAGCUACUGCCUCAAAUUUAUUAUAUAUUGCAGCACAACAAGCAAAUUAAUACUAGAUGCAGUAUAUGCCCAGACAUUAAUGUGAGCAGAGGAUGAAAUAUUCUCUUCCUAGCUCAUUGGUACAUGUUCCCUUCAGAGCAAAAUUGAAUUGCCCAGAAUCACCAAAGAAGGGGAAGUCACCAGGAGCCAGUCCUGCUGGUGCUGGGGUCUGGGGACAGAGGAAGGACAUCACACACCUCACAGCGUUAGGCCCCAGGGUGUCUGAACUUGCAGUUCUGCUCCGUGCAUCAUGCGUGCAAGAGCUGAACUCUCAGCAAAAUCUUUUUAUUAUUUGUCAUAAAGAAUCGCAGCUGUGAAGAACAAACUAGGGAAGGAGAGUGGGAAGAGGCAGGCACUCUCCCCUGGACUGAUGUAAAUCAGGAGCAAUUCUGCUGCAGGUCCACUGAAUUACACUGUUUUCGCUCUGACAUCAGCCCAGAAUCAACCCCUUUACCUACAAUAGAGGAGUGAAAUAUCUUACAACUGUGUGUCCAGGAGCCUGCUAAGCUUCUUGUAGAGUUGCUGUCAGUAUGCCCAGGGCAGAAGCAUAUUUUUUUUCUUACUGUUGUACAUAAGGGCUCUGCUGCAGCCGACAACAUGAAAUGUGUUAGUUCGGUUUGUUCAAAAUGGAGUGUGUUUGUUAAGUGUUGCCUCUUUGAUGUUGCACUGCCAUCUCCAUCUUUGUCAUCAUUGCCCAUCUUUUUCAAUCUAAUGAACUCAAACCAUCAGUGCAACUUAAGUUCGGCUGUCUGUUCUUGCAUAGUUAAUAUUAAAAAUGUACUAACAGUGUGGCUGCGAAAUCAAAUUAUGCACAUAAAUAUGCUGGCAUAGCAGAGGAGGCGGCAGAAGCUGAAGUUAGCAACAUUGAUGCCAGUUCACAUUUGCAAAUCAACCGUCAAUCUGUCAUUAAACAUGUUAUCAAAUGAUGAUAAGUGUAUGCUUCUUGCUUGCAUUGGCGCGCUUAUUCCCGAUGUUGAUGUGCAUUAAUGGGAUAAUGUGCAUUAACAUAGUCUUGCUUGGAUGAACACAAAACAUUUUUUAUCCGUCUCAGUUUGUUUCCCCCUGUGGCCCCCAAGUAAGUGUUUUGUGUUAUCAAAUUGCCAAAAAAUGGGAAAACACAUUACUUUUAAUUAGCAAAAAUUUUGAGUCAUUAUUUAUUUUUUUAAUUUUUAUCCAUACUCUCUCCUGUGUGUUGUCAACUGAGGUGGGGGGGACAGAAGAACAUUCCCCUGCCUUCUUUAAGUAAAACGAUUAAUGUCAGAAACUCAGAGACUGACAAUUAUGUUCUGUCUUAAUGCACUGGCCUUUCAUCUGCAGUCCUUGCUUUUGACACGAGUGAUGGUUUCAGUUCAGCGAUAUGAAAGGCAGGGAAGGAAAUGAUCUCAGGCAUUCCCAGCCCAUUGUGUGGUGCCGUACUCAGACAUGGCAAGCAGUCCUUUAGCAGUUUUGCAUAUGAGUCGGCAACGGCUGUACCUAGAGAUUAAACAAAAAACUGAAGUAAAACGCAGCUGCUCUAGGAGGUAGUUGAGUUUCCGAAGGAACUUCCCACAUGAUUGCCCAGCUCUUCCACCAUUUCUGCGUGAUGCUGCAUAGUCAGGGCACCACUUACAGCACACGCUGCCAAUAAGCUUCCUGGGAAAUAAAGAAGAAAAAAAAAAUGAAACCUCAGUGGAAAGAACAAAAAGUGAUGGAAGUGAUAAAACCAUAAAAAGCGUCUCGUUACCAACGCACCACAUACCCAGUGCCUGCCCGCCUCACAGCCUCUGCCCUGCAGCACCCCCAGGGAGAGGGUUCAGCUCAUCGGCCACCUGGGGAAGGCUCCAUUGCCCUGGGAACCAUUUAAACAAAUAGAAACAAGAGUGUUUUUUUCAUUACUUCUAUUCAGAAUUGUUUUUUUUU